AUGCUAUUCGCUCUCGCAGGACUGUGCCUACUCGUAAUGAACGUCGGCGCCGAAUUUCGAUGCCUCUCCUUCCAUCCACUGUACCCAAUUUUCAAGGAGUUUCAUCGAAGAAAUCCUAACCUGGAAUGGAGCCGUGAACUCGCGAGUUUCGCUUGUGACGAAGUAAAAUAUAAUGAGCCUCAUUCCGUGAAACAUAAGCUCCUGGUUGAGAGUAACUUCAAUGGUAAGCCAAACGCGUUCGCUGUGCGCAGGACUCUUACCAAGGCAACGAACGAACAGAAAGAGCAAAUUCGUACACUUUCUGGAGCCACACAGUAUGGAUGUGACGCCUGGAAUGAAGGGGAAUACGAUGAAAGUUAUAUUCGUACACUUUCUGGAGCCACACAGUACGGAUGUGACGCCUGGAAUGAAGGGAAGACGAUGAAAGUCAUGUGCCUUUAUGACUGA